CAAAAACACAAAACCACCACCGCCAUCUGUUGUCGUCGCCGCUGCUGCUAGGCCGGACCUGGAUCAGGGACAGCGUCAGUGCUGAUUGCUGACGCUUAAGACAGACAAAUUCGCCAGCAUGGCGCCACCUCCCAAGGACUGGAUGGAGGAGAGCAUUUCGUCUCCGCCACCCGCACCGCGAAGAACCACCGUCCGGUUUGCGCCGAAGAAGUCAGCAGCGCUGCUUCCGUCUACAGUCCUUCGCGUUGCUAGGGAGCGCGACGUCAACGCCCUCGCGGAGAGACGAGAAGCGUUUCGAAGAUUCUCCGCUGGUCUUGGAGACGACAGCGAAAGUGACGACGACGACCACGACGACGCCAUUCCCAAGGCCAAUGGCAACCAUGAAACUGCUGUGCGAGCUAUGAGCCCGCCAGCACAUGAAUGGAUGAGGGAAAAGGCGGCAACCAGCCACCCUGAUGGCGACGAUAGUGGUUGUAGUGUGACCACCGUACCGGAGCUUCAGCAGACCCAUUCGACCGCUACCUUCUCCCGGUCUAGCAGUCCGCGUACUCCGGUUGACGAUGUAGCGCCUGCCCUAAGGUUCGGCAUCGAGGAAGACGUUGAUGGCGCCAUCGCUGACGUUACGAGCACUAUGCUGCAUGCCAUGGAGAACAUCGGCAAACCGGACGUUGGGCCGUUCAUGGGCAGUCCGCCGAUCAAGCAAGAACCGGAUUCCACAGCGGAUGUCUCCAGAGAGGGCGCCGGUGGCGUCACAACAGCAGACCCAGUGGUAGCUAAUUCGAAUGGGACAGCGCGGGCACCGAGGCGCAAGCGCAAGUCCACCGGCAUCAAGAGCGAGCACUUCCCGGCCUUAGACUCUCCAGCAGCUCCAUCAAGGAGGAGCCAACGCAAGUCGACCGGCAUCAAGACCGAGCAUUUCCCGCCUGUAGAUUCCUCACAGGGUCCGGUAAGGAGGAGCCAACGUAAGUCCACCGGCGUCAAGAGCGAACACUUCCUGCCCGAAAACCUGGACCGUGUAGAUCUGCCCGCGUCCAAGAAGAGGAAGCGCGCACCAGCGGGCAUAUCAGUCGCACUAGUACCAUCAACUACAGCCGAUGACUUCGGCAUCAUACAGGAGAAGACCUGGACGCAGCCUUUCUGGCUCCUAGUCGCUGUAACCUUCCUCAACAAGACAACCGGACGUGCAGCGGUCCCCAUCUUCUGGGCGCUCAAAGGCCGCUACGAAACACCGGAGAACCUGGCCAAAGCCGACCCACGCGAAAUCCACGAUAUGAUUAAGAGUCUUGGCCUGCAGAAUCAACGCACUAGGAGGCUGAUUAAGCUGGCUGAGGCGUGGGUGGCGAAUCCACCCGUCAUGGGAGUGCGCUAUAAGACUACUAACUAUCCUAAUCACGGCGACCAUAAGGAGUACAACCGGGCGGCGAGCAUUGGUGGAGACGAGAAAGACUGUAAAGGCGCGCUUGAGAUUGGACAUCUUCCUGGUCUAGGCCCGUACGCGUGGGAUAGUUGGCGUAUCUUUUGCCGCGAUGUGCUGCGUGGCGCGAGCGAUUACAAAGGAAAGGAUGCGCAUGCCUGUGAUGAGGAUGGAGAGGAGUGCGAAUUCGAGCCUGAGUGGAAACGCGUUCUGCCGAAGGAUAAGGAGUUGAGGGCUACGCUGCGUUGGAUGUGGUUGAAGGAGGACUGGAUUUGGGAUCCUGAGACGGGCAACAAGCGCCGGGUGACGGAGGACGAGAUGAUGCAUGGCCUUCUGGGUGAGAUGGAAGUUGCUGAUGCUGAGGAGAGGAAGUUCGCCUUGCGUGCGGUCCGGGUGAAGGAAGAGGAUACGAAGCCGUCGUUGGUAGUGAAGCUCAGAGUGGGUAAGGAGAGGUUGGAAGAGACACUUGGCUAGCGCUCUGCCCACAAGGAUAGGAAUAGCGCAGGACGCUGUUUGAGUAAGCACAGCCGUCUCCUAGCCACAAUGGGGAAUUGGGAAGGACUGUGAGCUUGUUUGCCGCGCUUGCAUAGCUUCGCCGAUUAACGAACGUCUGACA